CGGCGAUAUCUUAUCCUUUUCCUAAAUGAACGGCUCCGAUGGAUUCCGCUAGUCCAAGCCGUUCUGUCCACGUAUCAUCGUAUUUCUGAAGAAGUUGCCGAUGCGAUUCGUAAGUUUCAGCGACAGAAUAGGACUAGAAGCAAGGACAAGAAGUAAGGGCCGUUUUGGAGGAGAGCAGAGAAGCUUCAGCUCGCCUUUCCCCUUGUCCUAUCUAGAAGAAUUCCACUAGAUAUUCUUUGUCUCUCUCCUUCGUGAGUCUUGCUGUUUGGUUGACCUGAAUGGUUAUGCUGGCGGUACUCGAAGUGCUGGUCUUCCCUUUGAACGGCGAGGAGACUUUCUUUGUCUAGAAAUCCAAGAAUUCGACGGAGGCAAGAUCGCUGAAGCCUUGAAGAAUCUCUCAGGAAGCAUCACACCGUAGAAAGGUGUUUCUUUUUCUGGUAGCAGAAACCCUAACCACAACUCUAUUUAGGGAUCUUUUGGAUUCUCGGUUUGGUUCGUUCUAAUCUCUGCUUCUGUUUUUCGUGUGUUUUUUCUGGGGUUCUAUCGGUAAUUGUUCUACACUUUUUGUAAGCUUUAUUCUUGCAAAGAGUUGGUUUUGUUAGCUUAGCUAAUUGAUUCAGUUAAAUCGUUGGAAGGUUUCACUAGCUAAUUGAUUCAGUUAAACCUGAUCUUAUUGAGUUUUUCCAUAUUGCUAUGCUUGAAUUGGUUGGAAUUUUUUUAGUUCUUAAAAUUUGAUGCCUACAUAAUUUUUUUUUUUUUUUUUUUUUUUUUUGCGCUGGACAUAGAGAUCAGAACGAGAUCAUUCAGUUGGGUCAGACAUCUGUGGUUGUAUAUCUGGUCUUGAUUGAUUCUUCCCUCUUGCACGUCCAGUUGUGUGUUCUCUCUCUUUCUUUGUCUAGUCCUUCAUGCUAGUUUCAAGUUUCUGAGAGCAAGUUGCCAAAUUGUUACGGAAUCAUUCAUCUGCAGUCUUCUCCAUCCAUCUAUGUCAAUCUAGUUCCAAGCAAAGGGUUAUUCGAGUUAUUCUUUAUUUUGAGACUUUUUGAGUUGUUCCUAAGUGUUAGUUCGUGAAUUUAGUUGUGCAAGGAACUCCUCUUCUUCCAUUUUAAACAAAUCCUCUAAGAAAUUCUCCUCAGGUUAAAUUUCAGAAAUCACUUUUUCUAUACCCAUUUCAUGUUUUUGUAUUAUAUUUUGGUGUGGGACUUCUUUUUUUGUGGAUUUUUAUGAAUUACUGUCAAGGAAAUCAUCUUCAUCCUGCGACUAAAUCUGUUGAAGAGAACAUCAAGAAAGGGCUUGAGUAUAGCUGAAGCAGGGAUUUGGUGCUAAUUAGAUCAGGAAAAUAGGGUUAAGGAGGACAAGUUUUACCUUUUAAUCCUAAGAUCGCUGUAUACUGCUGAGAUUGUGUGGAUGAAUCUGUGCUGUGCUGUGGUAGAUAAUGCACCUGUGGUAGCUGUUGGAGCAGAUGGACAAGAGACUGUGACAGGGAACAGUUUAAAGCCCUUGGAAGAAAUGGAUAAUCUUACUGAUGAAAUGUUCAAUGUUAUUACUGAGCUAGAUACCUGCUACUCCGACAUGACCCUGCUCGAAGAAAGAAGAAUUAGUGACAUUAAAGAGCGGCUUUGCAUAUUGGAGGAAAAAGUCCUCAUCUGGGAUUCUGAUCAGCUUAUGACAUCAGAUAUGGAUUCUGAAGAAAUAGCCAAGUAUUUACAAGCUGGGGAUGAACUCCGACAACUCAUCGAACACUUAGGGAACUUGCAGUCCAGUGAUAAAGAUGGGGAACAAAUUGAACUCUUAAACCGCUCCCAUAGUAUUAUGCAAAUGGCAAUGUCAAGGCUUGAGGAUGUGCUUGUCCACCUUCUAGUUCAGCACCGGCAGCCUGUGGAACCUGACCAUAUGUCUUUUCAUUCAACAGAGGAGGAUAUUGUGACUGAUUACUCGAGCAGCUCAUUUGAUGAUGAAUCAAUUGAUGGUGAGAUUCAGAGUGAUGCUGGUAGAGAUUCAGAAGAUUUUGUGAUUGAUUUGAUCCACCCUAGUGCAAUUUCCAGUCUUAAGUCCAUUGCUGAGUUGAUGUUCCAGUCAAAUUAUGACAAGGAAUGUUGUCAAGCUUACAUCAGUGUCAGAAAAGCUGAACUUGACGAGUGCCUGGCAGUUCUUGGUAUGGAGAAAUUGGGCAUUGAAGAAAUUCUGAGGAUGGAUUGGAAUGUCUUAAGCAUCAAAACAAAGUGGUGGAACCGAGCAAUGAAGGUGUUCAUCCGGGUCUACCUUGUUAGUGAAAAACACCUCUGUGAUCUUAUCCUUGGAAACAUUACAAGAUCAGAGACAGAUUAUUGUUUUGUUGAGAGCUCAAGGAAUUCGAUCAUGCAACUCCUCAAUUUUGGUGAAGCCGUGGCCAUUGGACCUCCGAAGCCAGAAAAGCUGUUCCGGAUACUUGAUAUGUAUGAGUGUCUGAACGAUCUUCUUGUUGACGUAGAAGCUUUGUUUCCGGGAGAGUAUGGCUCUAGCAUCCUAACUGAAUGUCAUGAAGUUCUACUCAGAUUAAGUGAAUCCGCGAGGGGGAGUUUCAUGGAGUUCAAAUAUGCAAUUCGAUCAAACACAUCAACCACUCCAUUCGCUGGGGGCAGAGUCCAUCCUCUUACAAAGUAUGUCAUGAACUAUAUAAAAGCCCUUGCUGUUUAUGGAAAGACUCUUGAUUUGCUUCUUGAGGACCUACAUGAAAAUGAUCAAAUUUCAGCAGCAGAAGAUGAUCGGAGGGACACUUCUGUUCAUUCUUCUCCAACGGCUUGGCAUCUGCUGUCAGUGACCUCGAUUCUUGAAUCAAACCUGGAAGUUAGAUCCAUGUUGUACCAGGAUGGUCCAUUACAAAAUUUCUUCAUGAUGAAUAACAUUUAUUACAUGUUUCAAAAGGUCGUGGAUUCUGAUCUUCAAAACUUUUUAGGUGAUGAGUGGAUUCGUGCAUACAAAAGGAAGUUCCGGCAGCAUGCAACAAGCUAUGAGAGGGCCUCAUGGAAUCCAGUCCUCUCUUUUUUGAAGGAUGAGGGGAUCUGCAGCCGAGGUUCUAGCACUCCUUCCACCACAGUCCUUAAGGAGAGAUUCAAAAGUUUCAACCUUGCUUUGGAAGAGGUUUACAGGAUUCAGACUGCUUGGUUCAUUCCAGAUGUCCAACUUCGAGAUGAACUGAGGAUCUCAAUAUCACUUAAGGUGCUGCAGGCAUAUCGGACAUUCCUGGGUAGGUACUCUGUCCAUCUGGAUGGUACAAGACACCGAGACAGGUACAUCAAGUACUGCCCAGAUGAUCUGGAGAGGUACUUAUUAGAUCUGUUUGAGGGAUUACCUAAGUCAUUGCAGUGUCCAUACUGGAGGUGAAAGUUUCAUAUUAGCAUUGGUUUCCCCUUCCUUUCUUUCAUGAUCAUCUUGGGCCUUGCUGAUGUACAUAAAUUUUCCUAAUGUGUUUAUGUCCAUUCUUGAUGCAUGUGAUGUAUGGUGAGUUUCGGAAGAAGUUGGAUCUCCCAUUUUUUUUCUCCAUUUGUGGUUGUUGUUGUAUGAUAUAUAUUAAUCGUGACUUAUAAGCACGAUUUCUUUCUCUUGAGCUGCUUGCUCUGCUUGUAAUACAAUCAAAAAAAUAUAUUAUGCAUAUCAUGGUAUUCUCAUUUCCUUGUUUA